GCUCGCGGAAGGCGGAAGUGUGCGUGCCCAGGCGGCCGCCGAGCAGCACCGGGGUGUUUCUCCCCGGCUCCCCGCGGCUUUUCCCGGUCUAGGCUCGGGGACACUGCGGUGGCCCGCGGGAGCCAGCGGGGGACGAAGCUAUGAGGCGGCCGCGGGGCCUGGCGGGGUUUGGCGGUUGACUGCUGCCGCCGCCUUCCCGCGAGACCGCCUCCUCCAGGCAGCGUCCCCCUCGGGGUCUCGCGCCCCACCGUCGUCCCGGCGCCUUGGACCGGGGGCUCCGGGGCCCCAGGCCUCGCGCCAUGACCGCGGCCGCGGCCUCCAACUGGGGGCUUAUCACGAACAUAGUGAACAGCAUAGUAGGGGUCAGUGUCCUCACGAUGCCCUUCUGCUUCAAACAGUGCGGCAUCGUCCUGGGCGCCCUGCUCCUGGUCUUCUGCUCUUGGAUGACGCACCAGUCCUGCAUGUUCCUGGUGAAAGCCGCCAGCCUGAGCAAACGGAGGACCUACGCCGGCCUGGCGCUGCACGCCUACGGAAAAGCCGGGAAGAUGCUGGUGGAGACCAGCAUGAUCGGGCUCAUGCUGGGGACCUGCGUCGCCUUCUACGUCGUGAUCGGUGACCUGGGGGCCAACUUCUUCGCGCGGCUCUUCGGCUUUCAGGUGACAGGCACCUUCCGCGUGCUCCUGCUCUUCGCCGUGUCCCUGUGCGUCGUGCUCCCGCUCAGCCUGCAGAGGAACGUGCUGGCCUCCGUCCAGUCCUUCAGCGCCAUGGCCCUCAUCUUCUACACCGUGUUCAUGUUCGUGAUCGUGCUCUCCUCCCUCAAGCACGGCCUCUUCGUCGGGCAGUGGCUGCGGCGGGUCAGCUACGUCCGCUGGGAGGGCGUCUUCCGCUGCAUCCCCAUCUUUGGCAUGUCCUUUGCCUGCCAGUCCCAGGUCCUGCCCACCUACGACAGCCUGGACGAGCCGUCGGUGAAAACCAUGAGCUCCAUCUUCGCCUCCUCCCUCAACGUGGUCACCACCUUCUAUGUCACGGUGGGCUUCUUCGGCUACGUGAGCUUCGCCGAGGCCACCGAGGGCAACGUGCUCACGCACUUCCCGUCCAACCUGGUGACGGAGAUGAUGCGCGUGGGCUUCGUGAUGUCCGUGGCCGUGGGCUUCCCCAUGAUGAUCCUGCCCUGCAGACAGGCCUUGAACACGCUGCUCUUUGAGCAGCAGCAAAAAGACGGAACCUUCGCUGCUGGGGGCUACAUGCCGCCCCUGCGGUUCAAGGCCCUCACCCUCUCAGUUGUGUUCGGAACCGCGGUCGGUGGAGUCCUGAUUCCAGACGUGGAGACGGUCCUGGGCCUCACGGGCGCCACGAUGGGAAGCCUCAUCUGCUUCAUCUGCCCGGCUCUGAUCUACAAGAAGAUCCACAAGAACGCGCUGCCCUCCCAGGUGGUGCUCUGGGUCGGCCUGGGUGUCCUGGUGAUCAGCACGCACAGCACCCUGUCCGUGAGCAAGGAGAGCCCUGUGGACUUGGCCAAGGAAGCCCCCGGCGGCAAGCUCGGAGAGGCCGAGGGCGCCGUCCAGGCAGAGGCGGUGCGGCUCCCAGGUACGCGGCUCCCAGGUCAGAACCCAAUUGUGGACGUGGCCGAGGACGGCCGAGGCGAGCCGAAGCUGCCCGAUGAGAAGGAUGAGGUGGAGCGGGCCCAGAUUAAGGGCCCUGUGAACGUGCCCCCAAGGGAGGACGCCAAGGAGAAGCAGGAGGUGGCGCAGCUGGAUCGCCCAGGUCAAGGCGUGGCAGUACCUCUGGGUGAGGCCCACCGCCACGAACCCCCGGUUCCUCACGACGAGGUGGUGGUGGACGAGGGUCAGGACAGAGAAGGAGCAGGAAACGAGCGUCCGUCCAGACGCGUGGAUGAGAUGGCGCUGGAGGGCAAGGGUCAGGUGGCACCACCCUUGCUGGAUUCCGAACGAGAGAGACCCGGGCAGGACCAGGCUUUGGAGGCAGUGGGUGGUCUUCCUGAAGAUCCCCAGAAGGUUCCAGAAGAAAACGCUCCGCCGGCCAUUGAGCCCGUCAAGGAGGAGCUGGGGCCGGGCGACCAGGCUGUGCGUCCAGGGCCCCAGGCGGUGCCCCCCGAGGGGCAGGACGUCCUGGCGGCAGGUGCAGGGGCCCGCGCAGACGGCGCCCUGCUGCCCGACCACGCCGUGGGGGCCGUGGGCAAGCCGGCAGCGCAGGAGAGCGAGGCCGGUGGGGAGGCCCCCCUCCCUGAGGAGCAGCCGGCCCCGGGGGCAGCGCCUCGAGAGCAGAGGAAUGUGGAGGGACAGGCCGGGGACCCCGCGGGCAGCAAGUUGGAGGCUGAGAUCAGAAAGAUGGUGGCAGAAGCUGGCCGGGUGGAGAUGCUGGACCACGCCGUGCUGCUGCAGGUGAUAAAGGAACAGCAGGUGCAGCAGAAGCGCCUCUUGGACCAGCAGGAGAAGCUGCUCGCAGUGAUUGAAGAGCAGCAUAAGGAGAUCCACCAGCAGAGGCAGGACGGCCUGGAUGCUGAGGAUGCGGACGUGCAGGCCGAGCCGGGGGUGGCCGCACCCAGAGGUAAGGAGCAGGAGGCCCACGUCGCAGGGAUGGUGGAGCGUCUCCCUCCGCAGCCUUUGGAAGCUGUGCCCGGCGCUCCCGGGCAGCCCCCCGCCCUGCCCCAGGGGCACAGUCAGCACUCCAAGGAGGAGCCCGAGGGGGCCGCAGGCAGAGUCCCAGUCGCACCUGCUGGGGGCGCUGACCCAGAGCCCCAGGCAGCACAGGCCGAGCCCAGGGAAGGCCAGCGGGGCGCCGUGCCCGAGGCCGAGGGUGCCCACGUGCCAGAGCGUGUCCCUGUGCCGGACCCCGCCCGGGUGCCCGGGAGCCCAGAGAAGCACGGUGCUGGGGACAGCCCUGGGCAGAGCCAGGACGUUUUUGAUGGAGGCGCCCUCGAAAGGAAUAAGUCCGGAAAGGAGGCGCCAGCUGCAGGGGCAGCCGCUCCGGGGGCGGGGGCAGCGGCCGGGGAGCCUCAGGCCAAGCCCCAGCCAGUGAGCCGUGACCGGGUGCCUGCAGGCCUGUCCAGCAGGUCAGGGGGAGCAGCCGCGGGGGGCGAGGCAGGCCAGCAGGGUGGCAGAGACCACGUGCCUGUCCCUGGCAAGGACGCUGCCGGCCCAGAGCCUGCUGAGCAGAGGCCGGACCCUGAGCUUGGGCACCAACCGGCUGUGCCCGGGGCUCAGAAGCUGGACAAUGCCAAACCCAACCGGGACCUGAAAGUCCAGGCCGGCUCUGACCUUCGGAGGAGACGGCGGGACGUGGCUCCUGGCACAGAGCGGGCGCCGGCCCCAAAGGAGGGGGUGAUUAUCAGCUUCCACCCGCUGCCCGGCGUGCAGGUCAGCGACCUCCGCAGCGCCCUGGAGAGCCAGCUGCACCAGGCCGCGGGGGGUGCCCUGCGGGUGGUCCAGGGCCGCCAGAUCAAGCAGCUGCCCGGGGCCCUGGAGGAACCCUGAGCCCGACUCAGGCCACGGCGCUGCCGGGCCACCGGUGAACCUGAACCCUAGUGGGGCCGAGUCGUGGAAGCCAGGCGCAGGGUGGAGGCUGGCGGUUCUCCGGCCCUCAUGCCUGCCGAGGCCCAGGCCCCCCCAGGCGGCGGCGGUGGCAGAAGCGGCCAGGGCUCCAGGAGCUGACCGCAGGGCCCUGCUGCCCUGAGAGGCCGCAGGCGUCCUUCUCCAAACUUGAGCGCUUUCUCUGUGUCUUCUGAGUGUCCGUGAAACCCGAAUAAACACUUGUGCUCUCA